AUGCCCACUCAAGAGGAGACAAAGAACCUAGAGGUUAUCCAGGAGUACUUCACCGAGUACUGGGGCAAAGGCAACCCCGAGAUCGUCGACAAGCUCUGCGCUGAUAACUUCGUCAUCAACUACCCAAUGCAUGGCCCACGGUAUGGAAAGGAGAAUGCCAAGAAGAUGCUUCAACAGGCAUUUCCAGAUAUCUCGUUUCAUGCCUACCAGCACCCUCUGAUCGCCAGCGGGCCAUAUGUAGUCGGUCGCUGGAUCGGAGGCGGCACUCAUACUGGAGUUGCCUUCCAUGAUCUUGCGGUCGGCGCUUUGGAGAAGGCGAAUACGGGCAAGAAAAUGUACUUCUCUGGAACGACUAUCUUCACACUCAAGGAUGGGCUUAUUGUGGAUGAGACUGGGGAAGAGGGAGCUCUGACGGCUCUCCAGCAGCUUGGGCUGGUUCAGCAGCCAAACCCUGGGAAAGAGGUCAAGUACCUCCACGAAUAA